GCGUUUCAUCUGCUUGUCGAGAACUGUGAUAUUUUCCAGGAAUUGCACGAUACAUCCACCUUUAUGGGUUUCUCUCAUGCUUUCCUAACUUCCUCCCGCGACAAGUCUCUCAAAGCUUCUACACUAAACUUCAGUUUCAUUUCGAGCACAGACCCGAAUCAUGAGUGAAUGCGCUUUCACGUAGAUGGCAAACAAACAUUUGAAAAUUGUUUCUCGACAUGAAGAGAAUUAUCAAUCAUGCAUUAUGCUUGCAAAGCCUCCAUCCGCUCUCGAAUAUCACUUGCCCAAUAUUUAACCAUCCCGAUGGUCUACAUUGGAAAGCAAC